ACCUAACUAAAUGGAACAUUAUGCUCUUAGCCUUCAAUGUUCUCCAAUUCUUAGUCCUCUUUCAUAUGGUUCCAAACGAUAUGAAAAUCGAAAAUUUCAUCUUAGAUUCAACCAAACCACUCUUUGUUUCCCUCAAUUUACCACAAGCCACAACGUUGCACGUUCAAUUAGCCAUGCAAAUUGCAUGAAUAAUAGCUUCUCUGUGCCUAAUUCAAAGAAUACUGAAAGAAGUGACAACAACAUUUUGAGAGGAAUAAAUGGAGUUUCUAUAGUAUUGGGUUGCAUUCUUGGAAUGUUUAAUUUUAAUAGCAAGAUGAUGAAUUCUAAGUUCAACAAUGCUUAUGCUGCUAUUGAUUUUUCUAAAGGUGUAUCAUUUCAUGGAGGAGAGUAUUCAUUUGAUUCGAUGUGGAAAUCGAUGAACGCCGAACUAGAAUCAAAUAUCAAGUUAGAUAAUUCUAAUCCUUCUGUUGAUAAUAAGAAGAAGUAUGCUCUAUCUCUAAGAAAACGUGGGAACAAAGAGGAAGUAGUGCCUAUUCUGAAUAAGUUAAGAAAUGAAUACAUGGAAUCUAAAAAGCAUGUAUAUAUCGAACGUUCGAUUCGACUUUCGUUUAUGGAACUCCUCUUGAUUCAGGGAGGUUUCGAUGAAGCUCGGGAACACCUUGAUAAAGAAAUUGAAAAUCUUGUAUCACAAGAAACUGAAAAGCUUGCUAUUAAAAAGUUUUUUCCUGGGUCGAAGAAAAAACUAAAUUUAGAGGACAAGAUUCAAAUACUGCUUGAUAUUUACUCCAGUGAGGAUGUGAAUCAUGACAAGCAAUCAAUAGCUGAUAUUAUUUUCUAUAAGGCUAUCAUACACACCAUGUUAAAAGAUGGGGAAGCAGCAAAGUGGUGGAAAGCAUUUGCAGAAACAGUAAAUAAAUAGGCCCAUUUUUAAUGGAGUAUAUGAGGUGUUAUUAUCAAGUUCAACUACAUGUUCAUUUCCUUUCCAUUCAACAACAUCUUCAAAAAUAGCUUUGCCAAAAAGAAAACACUAUAAAUAGUUUAUUAAUGCUAGCAUUUGUUAUUAUCAAUACGAGUGGAAUAACCUAUUGAAUUUACGGCUUUGUCUACUUUAUUGUUUAUAAGA